GAUCCCUUCACCACUCAUCAGCUUCUCUCUGUUGCGCAUCAAUCCUCUUCCGAAAUGUUACGAUCACGAUUACUACCAAGCCUAAGGGCACUCCCCAUUCGCCAUGCAAGAUCGUUUGGCUUCUCUAGCACCGCUAGCCCCGCUAGCACCUCCCCAUCAAUGAACAUCCCUAUGCCGUAUAUCGAAGAGACUUCAGCAACUGGCAGAAAAACAUGGGACAUCUUUUCGAAGCUCCUACAACAACGAAUAAUAUGUUUAAACGGCGAAAUCGACGACUACAUUUCAGCUUCAAUAGUAGCACAGCUUCUUUGGUUGGAAUCAGACGCCCCCGAUAAACCUAUCACGAUGUAUAUCAACUCACCGGGAGGCUCCGUCACAUCAGGCAUGGCGAUAUACGAUACGAUGACUUAUAUCAAAUCUCCUGUCGCGACCGUAUGUAUCGGAGGUGCCGCGUCCAUGGCAGCUAUCCUACUAGCUGGCGGCGAGGCGGGCAAGCGCUGCGCCCUUCCACAUAGCUCUAUCAUGAUCCACCAGCCAUUGGGCGGCACUCGAGGGCAAGCAUCGGACAUUUUAAUCUACGCGAACCAGAUACAAAGGAUACGAGAGCAGUCUAACCAGAUUAUGCAAUACCACUUGAAUAAGGCGAAGGGAUUUGACAAGUAUAGCCUGGAGGAGAUUAACGAUCUGAUGGAGAGAGACAAAUACCUAAGUGUGAACGAAGCACUGGAGCUGGGAGUCAUUGACGAGGUAUUCACAACGAGAAAGGAGAAGGAUACCCAGCCAAAGAAGGAAGAGGAGGAGGAGAGAAAGUACUAAUCACACGGGCCCAGCCAUGUCUUUUUUUGUGUGUGCUAAUUGCUGGCAAAGGAUGUGAGUGCAGCAGUGAUGGAUCCGGAGAAAUGCAAGCCUACUUGUGCCUUGUAGUCCGAAUAAGCCAAAGAGUGUCAGGCUGUUGAAAUAUCGACGAUGUUGUCUGGGCUGCAGUCGGUAUAUAUGGAGAUUCCGAUAGGUGAUCCGGCACUCAUUGUAAGAUAGGUACUAAGCAAUGGAUAAUUAUGCAUUGGCCCACCAAUCCAAAGCAGAAAUGGAAGCCAUCUCUCCAUUAGACGCUCAUAAAGUCUGAGACAAAUUAUUAUCUGCAAUAGCAACACUCUGCUGCAUCGGUACAGGCUCUUUUCACAGAAUAUCGUGUGUUGCCGAUAUCGG